GAGACUGUUUGUUUUUUUUAAGGAUAAUUGAAAGGUCGGCUUUGACUGGUGAUCGUUAAAACUUAAAAAUGGUAAGCGAUAAAUCGCCAAAUAUCAGAAGAAAUGCACGCAACAUCAUUCAUCAAUCAAUCCCUUCCCAAAUAGGAAACUCCGGGAACGACGUCGUUAAACCCCUCUCUAAGUCUCCUCUGUGGUCUGCCCCGAGCAAAAUAUCUCCACCCUACACCUCUCCACUCCCCGCAUCACUGCUAUGGCGGUCACAGGCACUGCCAAUCUCGCUGCCCCUACGCCACCCUCUCUGUGCCGCCUCUUCCCCAACCCCCGAUACCUUCCCACUCACACCCUAAAACCCAGGCCCAUUUCGGCCUCCCUCUCCUCCAUCGAUAUCCGGUCUCCCAAUUGGACCCCCGGCUCCUGGAAAUCAAAGAAAGCACAACAGCUCCCGGAGUACCCGGACCCGGUCGAGCUGGAAUCGGUGCUGAAGACCCUCGAGUCAUUCCCCCCGAUGGUGUUCGCCGGCGAGGCUCGGAACCUGGAGGAGCGGCUGGCCGACGCCGCCGUGGGCAAGGCCUUUCUGCUUCAGGGUGGGGACUGUGCGGAGAGUUUCAAAGAGUUCGGUGGGACUAAUAUUAGGGACACUUUUAGGGUUUUGUUGCAGAUGGGUAUUGUUCUCACUUUCGGUGCUCAAUUGCCUGUCAUCAAGGUUGGACGGAUGGCAGGCCAAUUUGCCAAACCUAGAUCGGAUCCCUUUGAGGUUAAAGAUGGGGUAAAGCUCCCAAGUUAUCGGGGAGACAAUAUCAAUAGUGAUGCUUUUGAUGAGAAAUCUAGAACACCAGAUCCUCAAAGGUUGAUCAGAGCCUACCUCCAAUCUGUUGGCACAUUAAAUCUCCUACGAGCUUUUGCUACUGGUGGAUAUGCUGCCAUGCAGAGAGUGUCACAGUGGAAUCUUGACUUUGUACAGCAUAGUGAGCAAGGAGACAGAUACACGGAACUUGCACAGAGGGUAGAUGAGGCUCUGGGUUUCAUGGCUGCUGCUGGGCUUACAACCGAUCAUCCUAUCAUGAACACAAUUGAGUUCUGGACAUCUCACGAGUGCCUUCAUUUACUAUAUGAGCAAGCUUUGACUAGACAGGAUUCAACAACUGGCCUCUACUAUGACUGCUCUGCUCAUAUGCUUUGGGUAGGUGAGAGAACUCGGCAGUUGGAUGGAGCACAUGUUGAAUUUCUCCGUGGCAUAUCUAAUCCUCUUGGUAUAAAGGUGAGUGACAAGAUGGAUCCAAAGGAGCUUGUAAAACUAUGUGAGAUUCUAAACCCUCGCAACAAACCUGGAAGAUUGACAAUAAUCACCCGAAUGGGAGCUGAUAACAUGCGCAUAAAGCUUCCUCAUUUGAUAAGAGCUGUGCGGCAGGCUGGGCUUAUUGUCACAUGGGUCAGUGAUCCUAUGCAUGGGAACACAAUCAAGGCCCCAUGUGGUCUGAAGACACGAUCUUUUGAUUCUAUAAGGUCAGAAUUGCGAGCUUUCUUUGAUGUUCAUGAUCAAGAAGGGAGCCACCCAGGAGGAGUUCAUCUGGAAAUGACUGGGCAGAAUGUAACAGAGUGCAUUGGAGGGUCAAAGACAGUGACUUUUGAUGACUUGAACUCCCGCUAUCACACACACUGUGAUCCGAGGCUCAAUGCAUCACAAUCACUAGAGUUGGCAUUUGCCAUAGCAGAGAGGUUGAGGAGGAAAAGAAUGAGAUCUGUUAGUGCUCUCCACAAAGGGUGAACAGAUGGUUCUCUGAUAAAAGAAUAUUGAGUUUUGAUAUAGCAGUAUUGGAAUUUAUUGUUUAGUUCCAUUUUGUUUUUCUUCAUGUCCAAGUAAGAUGAGAUUUUGUGCUGUAAUAUGGAAUUUUGUUCUAAACUAUGCACUUGGCUUGGUAAUAAAAUUUGUAAUUUUAGAGAUGUUAA